UUUUGCAAUCUCAUGAAUUCCCAACGGAUGUUGGAAGGACGCUUCACAUUUUGUGGAUUUCCAUUUAUCAGAAGCGUCACAUAAGAGCCUCUGUGUCGGCGGAGGGACUCGAUCAGCUCAGUGGGACUUUGAUGAGCCUAAAGAUGAAGUCCCGGCCAGGCGUCACGGCUCUCCUGCUGCCCAUCACCUUCUCCAUCAGCUUGGUCCAAGUAUGUCAUGGAGCUGCAAUUGCUGUUUCAUGUGGUUCCAUCUACAAGAGUUUUGCACAGUGUUUGCUGACACUCGGGGAUAGUUUGGUGGAAACACAAAAAAGCCAGGACACGCAGGACAUUGACAUCAUCUGCAGGUCCUGGAAUGACUUCCACGCUUGUGCCAACACGGCCAUGUCUGGCUGUCCGAGAGACGCAGCAGCAGUGUGGGAGUCCCUAAGACAAGAAUCCAGGAAAGCCCAGUUCUCUGGGAACCUCUACAAUAUGUGCGCCAGUCUCACCACCCUCGCACCCAGCACUGUGCCUACACCCCUGACCCCUCCCACCUCGGAUCAGACCAACCAGGAAACACUGAAGGGGAGAACGAACCAAUGGGGCCCUUCUCUCACCACAAUGUUCUUUCCAACUUGUAGCACUUUGUUAGUGCUGCUCAGGAUGUAGCUUCAGUAUUUUACAAUGGAUUCAAGUGGGUGCAUUUGCAUAGUUUUUGCCAAGAGACCACUUGAUUUAGAAACAGACUGGACACUAUUUACUCUAUAUUAUCACCUGAGCGCUGACAAAAUUGUACUUGUGUGGCUGCUUAGGAACAUACGUAUAUGGUAGGUGAUCAGGAAAAUAAUAAUACCAUCUUUAUUCUUCUUAAAUCACAAUGACAGUCAACAGCCAGAAAGAUGAUCCAAACACAUGAGACCAGAUCAUAGGUCAGGAGUGUUUGUGAUUAGGACUCAAUCCUAAAAUCAGGAUUUCAGAGACGUUUCUUUCGUUACAGCUUUCCAAUGUAUUUUAGCACGAUCAGAUUAAAUGCAUUGUUCUCAAAGAGAAUCUGACCUAAUUGAAAUAGUUUUGGUGAGACCAGUGGACUGCAAACAGCUGCCAGCUUUUGACAGAACAAAGUCCUUUCUGGCUGAUAUGGUCAUACUGAAGAUAUGAAGUCAAUUCAAACACUGUACAUGUAUAUUAUGUUGACAUUUAUAUAUAAUAUCAUUU